ACCACUCACCUGGUUCCGAGAUAACAAUACACCACCACAUCCUCGGAAUCGUCUCCGUCGCCCCCGACAGCUCCGAACACAGCACAGAGCAAAUCUCGUCACAUACAACAUCUUUAACCUUGAGCUUAUCCUCGUCUUGACCUCAUCAUCCACACAAAGUCCGCGGAUAGUUCUCCAUCCGUCCAGACCAUCCAACCCUCCACCCUGCCCGUUGACUAAUGAGCACCUAUACCAACUCCUACUUCACCCGCCGGCGCACCCUCGGCCGAGCCUCGUCCCCGCCCACAUGGGCGUGUUAUGAGCAGAUCCCGUACGACGACGAUGACUACUCCGACUCGGACAGCGUCUCCGAGGACUCCAACGACGACGACGACGACGACGACGGCUCGUGCUCCGAGGACGGCGAGGACUACAUUGCGGCUGCCGUCGCCGCCCAGGACGACACCCAGAACAUGGACGUCGACGGCGCACGGGACCCCGAGAAGGAGAAGAACGUGAACGUGGCCAUGAAGACGAAGGACGUCAAGGGCAAGCAGAAGGCCGUCGAGGUCGAUCCCGAGGUCGAGGCGCAGCAGCGCGAGAAGCGCGAGCGGAAGAAGCAGAGGGCGAUGGAGCGCGAGGCGAGGAAGGAGCAGCGCGAGCGCAAGCGUCGCCAGCGACAGGUGUAUACGCUCCGCCCCAUCCUGACGAUCCAGAAGAGUCAGGGGUUCGUGUGGAACCAGGAUCUGUUCGUCCCACCACACAUCAAGGACCGAUAUGUUGCCUCCACCUCUCCUCCUGGCGCUAAAGGCUUCCCGAACUCGUGGUCCUCCACGUCGACCAUGAGCGACAACUACGAGGUCGAGGUCGUCGAGAUCCGCGUCAAGCCCGGCGAGCUGUCCGACAUCAUCCCGGGGCCGUGAACGACUCCCUUAACGGCUCUCUGCUCCCGUCUCUCUUCAACUACGUAGUUUUCCACCACUGGUUUUGGCACCAAAUCACGUUUUAUGUUUUCAAGGAUUGUUUUUAGACGUCCUUUAUAUCCAUCCAUCCAUCCAUCCGCCCAAGUCUUAUUCUACUGUACACUGCUCCGAGGUCUGUGUUCCAUCCUUCAUUAUCCGCUCUCCACGUCACUGUUUCUCUCGCAUCGCAUCCCCCGUGUAAAUACACCACCUCCACUGCGUCUCCGCUGCUUGACGACCUUUUACAUACAUACAUGAAUCGUUUUCGUUCUUCUGUUACUUUAUUAGAUGAUUUUCUGCUUUACACGCUCUUCAUUCCUCUUUUUACCGCUUCAACGUUUUGUCAAUGUACUCUGUCCUGCCCUGCACAUCGUUUCUGUUUGUCCUGUAGCUCCAUAACCGAAUGAAUGAAUUGAACGCC